AUACACGCUGAACGUUUGUUUUACAUUGGUUUUAUUGUUGAUACGUCUGCACCUAAUGUGUUGUUGACCGUAUAGUUUUGAGAGGACAAGAGGUUUUUAGAUUUUGACUUGUGAUCUUAUAUUUUUAUAGAAGUGUGAUUGAAUACAUAUAAUUCUUAGGCAGAUAAUUUUAAAGUUGUUGUCGACAUACACUUUCUAUUCGUAAAAAUGUGCUAGACGCCGUUUAAUGGAGGUACUCGCCGCGUCACUGGAAAUACAAUGGCGAUUCUUUAGUUUGUGUCACGCACGUUUCUAUAUACGGAUGUGGAAUUGUGUUAUAAAAUGAUGGUGAACACAUGUGCUACUGAGUCGUGUGUUCGUACUGAUUGGAAUUAAUUGAAGGAACAGCACGUUUCUUUGUAACCGAUACGACGCAAAACAAGUGAAUAUAUAAGACGUCCAAAACCUGGUGGUUAUUAGAUGCGACAUUUGUGUUAAAUUAACAGUUUAAAGCCCUGGACAUUGGUGACUGAAGCCAGAGGCAUUGAUGACUGAAGCCUAUACCAUUGGUAACUGAAGCCUAUAACAUUGGUAACUGAAGUCUAUGCCAUUGGUAACUGAAGCCAGAAGCAUUGGUGAUUGAAGCCUAGGGCAUUGGUAACUGAAGCCAGAGGCAGUGGCAACUGAAGCCUAUGACAUAGGUAACUGAAGCCAGAGGCAUUGGCACUUGAAGCCUAUAACAUAGGUAACUGAAGCCAGAGGCAUUUCCAACUGAAGCCUAUGACAUAGUUAACUGAAGCCAGAGACAUUGGUGACUUGGUGUCUGAAGCGUGUAAAAUUGAUAACUGAAGCCAGAGACAUCGGUGACUUGGUGUCUGAAGCGUGUAAAAUUGAUAACUGAAGCCAUAGACAUCGGUGACUUGAUAACUGAAGGCUGUGAUAUUGGAAACUUGUAAUUUGACGCCUGUAACUUUGGAAUAAUAAACGUAAUGACGACAGCGUGCAAUGACUUGCGGAACUGUGAGGACGUGGACGGCUGGGAGUGCUAUAACGCCACUGUGCUCGCGCAGUGUUGCAACAGGUGCGAACACGAACGCGAGUUUCCGGUCAUAAAAGACUGCCUGUAUGGGGAUCGACAGGACCAUUGCAAUGUAGGGGUACACGGUUACCUCUGCUAUAACGAGACGCUUCGCUACAACUGCUGCGAAUCCUGCCAUGGGUACGAGACUGGCAUUCAGGGGUGUCAAUACGGCGACAACAGAACGGUUGGUUGUGAUACCAGGUAUUGUGGAACCUACAAGCCGCUGGACUGCUGCUACACGUGCCGAAAUACCAUCAAUCUCCCCACGACAUCCACCGUGAAUCCCGGGGGCAACAGGAACAGGAACACAUAUUCCCCAAAUACAACAGAUUCCGGGACGACAGACGCUUUACAGACGAGUGCAGGACUUCCGGUUUGGGUGAUCGUUGUUAUGACGUUCGGUGUGGUGGCGCUGCUCCUACUGCUCGUGACUCUCGCCACGUUUCUGUACCGCCGUCACCGGAAGUCACAUUCCAAAGGCUCUAGAGAUGAUCGUAAGGCUAGUGACAGGGUGGCUCUGUCCCAGCGGGCGCCAGUUCCGGUACCGCGGCCCGAUAGUACGAAGACAGAAUGGGAUCGGGAGCGGCGGCCCAGCGCAGAGUACGACUACAUCAACCCUGAUCAUUUGGAGAAUUCCUCCAGCCGGCGGAGCGUAAAUGACCCUCUGCCCUUAGCGCCUCCAGAUUACCUUGACCUUGAAGCCGCGCAUGGUUCUUAUGGUUACCUGAUACCUAGCAACAGAAAUAGUGCCAGCAGCAGCGGGCAUAGUGGAGACGACGGCAAGCACCCAGUAUACGGAGACGACAAUAAACGCGGUAAUGUAGAAACGAACUCCAAAAACCAACAGAUGACAGGAUAUAACUACACGAAAACGAGUUCACCGAAUAAAGAAAAGGCGGCAGGAAAAGGAGCGAGUAAUACAGCUAAGCAAGUAAGCGGCUCCGUAUACAGCCAUUUGGAGGCGAACAAGCGAGAGGACAAGGGAAGCAAUUCAUACCAGUCAUUUCCUGUUGACAAAGAGCGGCGUUUUGGCAGUGAACAUAUAUAACAGGGAUCUGAAACCUAUUGAGUCAUAAAAACAUAAACUAUACCGGAAAGAAUCGCAGCGGUUGGCUGAUCCUCGCAUCAACGGAUCGCCUGAAUACAACCAGUUUCUCACUUCUUAAUACAGGACACGCUAUUAUAAUACUGUUUAUUUGGAAAUCUCGAAACCAUUUUAUUAAGAAAGCCGCCCGUUUGAACAUAAUAAUACAUGUGAAAUCGGAAAGUGUGGAAUCCGUCUCUGCAAAUGUGCUACCGCAGUGUGUUGUUUCAGCAAAUACUACAGUACUUAACUUAUAAACGGUUAAAGAAAUGUUUCUUGUACCAUGCCCACACCAUAUUCAAACAAAAGAAGUCCUUAAUAACUGUUGUUGGACAAUUUCCAGGAGUUUGUACCGAACUGCCCUUCUUUAUUAAGGUCGGUUCUCGCGUAUUGGCCAGCCGCAGCCAACUGGUGGCCAACCUGGGGCCGCAGUCAACUGGUGGCCAACCUGGGGCCGCAGUCAAGUGGUGGCCAACCUGGGGCCGGAGUCAACUGGUGGCCAACCUGGGGCCGCAGUCAACUGGUGGCCAACCUGGGGCCGCAGUCAACUGGUGGUCAACCUGGGGCCGCAGUCAAGUGGUGGCCAACCUGGGGCCGCAGUCAACUGCUGGUCAACCUGGGGUCGCAGUCAAGUGGUGGCCAGCCUGGGGCCGCAGUCAACUGGUGACCAACCUGGGGCCGCAGUCAAGUGGUGGCCAGCCUGGGGCCGCAGUCAACUGCUGGCCAGCCUGGGGCCGCAGUCAACUGGUGGCCAACCUGGGGCCGCAGUCAACUGCUGGCCAACCUGGGGCCGCAGUCAACUGGUGACCAACCUGGGGCCGCAGUCAACUGGUGGCCAACCUGGGGCCGCAGUCAACUGAUGGCCAACCUGGGGCCGCAGUCAACUGGUGGCCAACCUGGGGCCGCAGUCAACUGGUGGCCAACCUGGGCCCGCAGUCAACUGGUGGCCAACCUGGGGCCGCAGGCAACUGAUGGCCAACCUGGGCCCGCAGUCAACUGGUGGCCAACCUGGGGCCGCAGUCAACUGGUGGCCAGCCUGGGCCCGGUUUCAAUAAAGAUCGUAAGUCUGGAGAUCGUACAUUCCCAGACGGUUUACUACUAAGAUGUCUUAUUGAAACAUGGCCAACAAUCUGCAUCACCUCGGUUCGGUUGCAAUAUGUCAAUUUUAAGGCAGACCCAGAGCCACUACUUAGACUAUCAUCCUAUCUGAUGAUAAUCAGAGCCGGAAUACACCGUAUACGGUGUAUGUCUUUUGUUAUAUAUAUAUAGUGUUUUUUUGUGUAAUCCAGACUCAAUGUAUGAUCGACGUCAAAUGUUGUAAUAUAGAAAAGCUGAACAUUAUCGUUUGUAAUUGAAACAUGGCGAAAUAUUUAUUCACAAAUAUAUGCAAAGUAAUUUUUGCAAACAUGAACAUAUCGGAGAAUUAUGGUCGAUGGAUUAUAUAUUUAAAAGAGCAUAUUUUCAUACACUAUAGGUUGCGAAACACGGCGAGAACUUGCACGUGUACAUUGUAGCUUCACGAGGAUGUCAAAAUUGCAGUUGAUUAUAAAAGUUGUUUGCGAUUUUUUACUUUCACGUUCACUUGUAGGAUUGGUUUUACUUGCAUAAUUCGCUUCCUUCUGGCUGUUGUAAAUGCCAUUUUAAAUGCAUGCAAUGUGCUUAAGCCUUUAAGACGUAUAUAGUACACAAAAGGUAUAGCAACACGUAAACAUACACUGAUGACGUAGUGCACAAAAACUAGCCACACGUAGACAUACCUUGAUGACGUACUGCACAAAAGGUUACCACACGUACACGAACACGUACAAGUAGUGUAUAUAGUGUAAAAGACUUUAAGAGCGUCUUAAUGUUUUAAGUGUUUCUAACCUGUUUCAUUUUUAUGUACGUGAAUGCAAGUUCAUUAUUACAUAUAUAUUAUAUUUCAUUAAUAAAUGUUUGAACGUA